CAUCUCGUAAGCCUCGGAAGCCAUAGAAUUUGAACAUCGCUAGAUGGCGAGAACUGCGACCAUGGAGUUCCUACGAUUAAGAUCUGUGAUUUUGGCACUAUCGGUAGUUGUAGCAUCGCGCAAUCGAAACUAUUGCCACGGGUUUUCGACCAGAAGCAGCAGCAGCAGCACGCGUAUCACACGCACCACACGCAGGAACAGCCAUGACAACAAUGUUCUAAUCCUGGACCAUAUCAACAUCAAUCACGAGAAGGGGCGUCACGACUGGCUAAAAUCCUUCUACGGGGAGGAGUUCUUGGGUUGCGCCUGGGAUCCUCGCAAAGCCAAGAACAUCGAGACGGGGCGAAAGACACUCUGGGCAAACAUCGGUGCCCACCAGUUUCAUCUGUCGGAGGGAUCGCCGGACGCACAGGUCCUGGAUGGCCUCGUCACGGUCGUUCACCCGUCGCUCGAAACCCUAAAGGAACGAUACCAGGCCAUCACCAGUGAUCCCGAUGCUGCCUUGAACGACAGCAAAUUCAACGUGGUGGAGGUCGAGAACGAUGACGACGGAGAAGAGGCUCUCGACGUCACCGAUCCCUGGGGCUCGGUGUUUCGAAUCGUGAAUGAGCAAAAGACGAUCCCUGGCGAACGGGACAGCCGAGGAAGCCAGCCCGGAGACACCUCGGAAGGAUUGGCAAUUCGUGAUCUGACCGUGUACGUUCCUAUCGAUGCCAAUCUAGAUGGGAUCGGGCGUUUUUAUCGGGACGUUUUGGGAGGGGAGCUCGUGGUAGACGAAAGCAGAGACGACGAAAAUAGGGCUGUGGUGCAAAUCCGUAUGGGACCGCUUCAGACACUGACCUUUGUACCCAAAGAAUCCAUCGAGGUGAAUACCCAUGUCGAUUUGCGCGAAGUGCAGGACGCCGACGCAAAAAGCCAAGGCACCAGUACCACCCUCGGAAACUACGGCGUCCACAUUUCCCUCUACGUGGCCGACCUUCCGUCCUGCUACCAGCGCGCCAGCGACCUGGGACUGACCUACGUCAACACCAGGUUUUCACGAAGGGCCUACAAUCUCGAGGAGGCCGUCAACGAUUGCAUGUUUCGUUGCCUGGACAUUGUCGAUCCAGAAAACGUACAGGACGGACCCAUUCUGCGCCUGGAGCACGAGGUUCGGAGCGUCCUCAAGAGGGACGGAACCAAAUACAAAUCGUGUCCUUUCGAAGAAAUUCCGGAGAACUGCGUCACGCUGUAAGGUUCUUCGCUCGCUAGCUAGAUCUACUUUACAAUACAAUGCUUCUGUUACU